UCAGUGAUCCGCUAGCUUGGAGGCUAACACAACACCUUGAGAAGACAUGUAAACAAAGACCCUAUACCGCUAUUUACGUUUGCUUUUAGGGGGCAAAAUGGGGAAAAGAGAUAAUAGAGUGGCAUAUUUAAACCCGAUUGCGGCAGCCCGAUCUAGGGGUCCCGCGACUAAUGCUGGGCCUUCAAUUCAAGAUUACUUGAGUAGACCAAGGCCUACAUGGGAAGAGGUGAAGGAGCAGCUGGAGAAGAAGAAGAAAGGCUCAAGGGCCCUGGCAGACUUUGAGGACAAGAUGAAUGAGAGAUGGAAAAAAGAGCUAGAGAAGAACCGAGAGCGAGUACUAGGUGGAGGCGAUAAAAAGGACAAGAAGGAUAAAGACAAGAAAGAGAAAAAGAAGAAAGACAAAAAGAAAUCCAGUAGGCAUUCUUCAUCUUCCUCCUCCUCCUCAUCGAGUUCUGAUUCCUCCAGCAGCUCCUCCUCAGAGUCUGAUGAUGAGAACGAGAAGAAGAACUCAAGAAAGAAGAGAAAGAAGAAACGUGCUGCAGCGAAAAAAGAAUCGGAUAAUUCCUCCUCAGAUACAGAUUCGGACAGCAAGGACUCCACCAAGAAGAAAAAGAGGAAGCUUGCUGAGGUGGUUGAGCCUGAGGUGAAGAUCGAGCCUGAGGUGAAGACUGAAAUUGACGUCAACGCUGAGACUGAAGAUGAAGAGAUGGAAAAUGUUAUAUCUGAAGAAAAUGAGGAAGGAGAUAGGACUUUCGUUCUCUUAGGAUGGAAGCCAAAUAAUGCUGAAUUUGACGGUGAGUAUAGAAAGAAGACUGUGAUCGUGGAGAGGAGGAUGGAGGUGCGAAAGAUGGUCGAAGAGAAGAAGCUGCCCGAGGAGCCGACGGCAGAGGAGGAGAAGAACGCAGAGGAGAAGAAGAGCUCAGAGGAGAGGGAGAAAGUCACAGAUAAAUCAAAGAAGAAGAAAAAGAAGAAGCACAAGAAGCAUGGCAAGAAGAAGAAGAAGAGGGAGAGGGCCUCUGGCUCCGGCUCAGACUGAAGCGUUUGCAAGACUGAGCCUGGGCUGCGGGAGGAAUGCACAUCAUGACGAAAUGGACGAACCCCAACAGGGAGCUUGAAGCAGCAGCAGUGGUGGUUGGGCGGACUUCGGGUUGGAAAGAUAUUUUUCUGGCGUACAUGAUGGACAACAUGGCUUCCUGUCUGCUCAGGAUUCUAUGACGUGGGAGGACUUUUUGAAAGCGGGAUCGGAGGGGUGGGGAAGGGGUGUUAGAGCGUUGGGCUACCAGCCCUUGCAGGGAUCGCUUGUGUUUGUUUUGGUUUUGUUUGUUUUUUAUUUAGCAAUCCAAAUAAAAGUCAAUUAUGCCGUU